AUGACUAAAGGAAAUAAAAAUAAAAAGUCAGUAUGGGUACGAAAAAUAUUUCAAGAACGCAAAACUAAAGGAGAAUUCUAUUUAUUAGUCCAAGAUUUACGUUUAUUUGAUGAAGAAUUUUUUUUCAAAUAUUUUCGUAUGACUCCUGUUCAAUAUGAAGAACUUUUGACUAUGAUUGCUCCAGAGAUACAGAAGUCUUGCAUAACUCGGGAAUGUAUAGGACCUAGUGAGCGACUUUGUGUAACACUCAGGUAUCUAACUACAGGAGAUUCUCAAACAACCAUAGGGAUGAACUUUCGAAUGAGCCCAACCACUGUUGGACGAAUCAUCUUUUCAACAUGUGAAGCACUGUGGAAAGUACUGUCAUUGGUAUUCAUGAAAUGUCCAAGCAAUGAGGCAGAGUGGAAGUGCAUAGCACAGGGGUUUGAAAUUAAAUGGAAUUUUCCACACUGCAUUGGUGCGCUUGAUGGAAAACACGUCGUGAUGCAGGCACCAGCUAACUCUGGAUCGAUGUUCUUUAAUUAUAAGAAAACCCAUUCUAUUGUCUUAAUGGCUAUUUGCAAUGCAAACUACCAGUUCACAUUGGUUGAUAUUGGUGACUCAGGACGGAAUAGUGACGGUGGUGUAUUUUCUUACAGUACAAUGGGUGAAUCAAUUAAGAAAAACAGUUUAGGCAUCCCUAGGCCCGAGGCAUUCCCUUCCACUCAAAAAUGCUAUCCAUUUGUCAUAGUGGCAGAUGAGGCGUUUCAAUUACAGCAAAAUAUCAUGAAACCGUACCCUAGAGAAGCCUUGGGAAUAUCUGAGCGGGUAUUCAAUUAUCGGUUGUCUCGAGCGAGGAGGGUAAUUGAAAAUGCGUUUGGAAUUGUAGCAGCACGAUUUCGGAUAUUUCGUCGACCAAUUCACGCCAGAGUUGAAAUGGUUAUUCAAGUUACAAAAGCAGUAAUCGCUCUGCACAAUUAUCUUAUGGCUGGAAGGUCUUUUUCGCACAGCACAAAAUACUGUCCAGCUGGUUUCGUGGACAACGACACAGAAAACGGAAGAGAGCUUGGAGAAUGGAGAAAAGUGACACAAUCAGAUGAGGGUUUAAGAGAUGUCAGCAACGCUGGGUCAAACAACUACUCUCGUGAUGCAAAGCUUGUUAGAGAAGAUUUUAAAAACUACUUCAUGUCCCCAAAAGGACAAGUACGCUGGCAGUGGAACGCAGUACAUGCUACAGUUGAUUGUUUUCAAAACGAAGAUUAA